AGACGAAUGAGAACGAGGCCAGAUCAGGCUGAGGGAGGGAUGGGGGGUGGAAAGGGGGGAGGUGCUGUUUAGAGAAAGGCAGGGAGUGAAAAAAAAUCAGAGGGAGGCAGGCUGGGGGGUUGGGCUCCGAGCCUGUGCAUGUGCAUGUGUGUGUGUGAGAGAGAGAGAGAGAGAGAGAGAGAAAGCAGCAAGCAAAUGUGUGUUGUGUAUGUCUGUGUGUGUUUGUGCGCGUGUGUGAGCUCGCUCUGUUCCUUUCCUUUCUUUGUUUGACUACUGAGUGGGGAAAAAAAGCGAGACAGAAUAUAGAGAUAGAGAGUGAGGAAGAGAAACACAGACAGAGGAGAGGAAGAAGAGGAUCUAAAACGAGAGUCACUUUUAUUUUUUUUUUUUUAGAGAGGGAGAGAAGAAGAAAGACAAAGAGGAUUUCUAUUUUGGUCUGUUUUUUUGUUGUUUUUUUUCCAUGCAGGCUGUAGAAUAAGAAAAAAUACAUAUAAAUAACAACAACAACAACCCUGCAUGCUUUUGACAACAGUGUCAUAUUCAGGACCUGUGUGUGUUUUGUGUGUUGGCUCGGCGUGCGUGUGUGUGCUGAGGAGGUGGGGGGAGGCAGCCUGUGCAAUUUAAAGGGAAAAUACAAGGCACACACAAAGCUGGGAGCGCAGGCAGGAAGGCAAGGCAGCAGGAAAGGCAAGGAAAGGAAAGGUAGUGGGAAUCUGCUGAGCUGGCUGACGCUUUAACCAACAACCCUCUUUUGGAUUUUACUCCACCGUGCCGACCCUGUGUCUCACUCUGUGCUCAGCCUGAGCCUGGCCACGGAGGUGGGAGGUGCCAUGGUGGCCUGCUGAAGGAGACAGACUACAUGACCCAUGAUUAUCAGGGUUGAGGAGACCCCAGAGAGAUGAUUGGCAGCCGAAGCUGAGACUUAACACAACUGUGAAUCAAUAACUUGGUGCUACUCUAAAAGCCAGUAGGCUUUUGGAUACUUGGUGCUGAAGACAGAAGAGUCGGACAAUACAGAUAUUCUCAGUGUUGGAGUGAGGCCCUCUCUGUGCUGCAGUGGAGGGCUUCACAGACAUAGCUAGUCUGGCUGGAUGCAUCACGCAGUAGAGCAGUUUGGCGGGCGUGGCACACGGGAUUCCUUCCCUCUGGAUGGACUCAACCGGGGACCAUGGCCUCCCGUGGGUGGCCGCGCCUGGCAGCCACCUGCCAGGUGUUCGCCUGGAAUGAACCAACACCAGCUCCUUCCCCAUCUACCUCCUGGUCCUAUGGGCGGACUGAACCAUCCCAGUAAAUUCUUUAGUAAUGGGCCCAUGAGAGGGGGUGAGAAGCUUGAACUCCCACAGCCAACAUUACCAGGCCUGCAGAGGGAGCAGCAGAGACCUCCUCCUCCUCAUCUUCAUCCUCCACCCCCUCAUAGGGCAUGGGAGCAACUAGGCCAGCUGUAUGACUCCCACCUCCCUUCCCAAGGACAUCCUGUUGUGCCCAUGCCCAAUGAGCACUCACUCCGUCUCCAUAAUGGAGGCUAUGUUGGCAGUGGCGGACCUCCCCCCAACCCACAUCUUCCCCACAGCAGGUCCAACCAACUAAAGUUUGGGGGUCCUCAGGAGCAACAUGUUCCCAGGGGUCCAUCAUUGCUGGGAGAUGAGAUGUGGGCUCAGGUGCACCAGCAGAGGGGCUACCCAGGGAAGAUGCUCGGGGGUCAGCUGAAGAGACCAGGCCCUCCGUUGGGCGAGCACUCUGUUAUCCAGCACACGCCUCCGCCAUCCAUGCACCCGUCAUCCCGCCACCCCGCUGUAGAGGACUGUCCCAGCCCCAGCAAGAGGAAAAAGAGUUCGGAUCAGGUAUCCCAUCCUGCAUUGCAGCGCUUCUCUGGUCCUGGUCAGUCUUUAAUGUCUCAGCAGCAGUCUUCAGUACACCACCUCCCUCCAAAACCUACCUUCUGGAACCCCCUUCACAAGGACAACAACGCUCCCUGGCAGCCUCACACCUCUGAGCGCAAGAACCCACAAUCACAGGAGUUCCAGGAAACCAACAAACAUGGAAUGGGCAGCUACACCCAAAAGUCCUCUCCUGCCUCUUCCACCCCAUCAAACCUCUCCCCUCCACCAAACUCCUCUCCUGGAAGCUACAACCAGGGAUGUGCUCCUAAACUCCACAAAGACACGUUCCAACCUCAGGCUGUAAACCAUCAGUCCUCUCACUCCUCCUACCCCAGCCCCAGCUCCAAAAUGGGGCCAGCUCCACCCUACCCGGCCAUGGAACCUCGUCGUCCUCACAACCAGAGAGACCCUCUCAUCAGGGGCCAAGGUGGCAGCCAAGCUUCCUCCUACACGGCAUCUACCCCAACCAGGGGAGACAGAGAUCAACACCUACAUGCCCAGUCGUCACCAGCAAACCCUCCUGCAACCAGCAACAACAGCAGCAGCAGCAGCAGUGUGCCUUACAGCCACUUCCAGCCUCAUCCAGGUCUGGGGCACCAGGGUCCCCCUCCUCCCCCUCUUCCCCCUCCUCCUCCACCUCCUCCACCUCCUCCUGCCAGCAGCACCUCAGUACCUCAGCAACAGCAAAGUGGGCCCCAUGAGGCCUGGAGAUACCAGAGCAGGCCCAGCAGUCACUCCCUGGGGUCAGGCAUCUACAGGCCUCCAGGACUGCUACCUCAGCGCCAGCAGAGCCACAAUCAGGUCAUGGAUAGCCGGGUUCCCUCCCAGCAUCACCAUCACAUCAGCCCUCCUCUGCCCCCAACCAACUCCACCCGAACACCUGUCAUCACCCCCAAUGUUCCCAUGUCCCAGGCCUCCAGCUCUAUCGGCAGCAGCAGCUCCAGUGGUCUGACUAUGGCCGGUGUCUCCUCAGUGACCACAUCACCCCCUGCUGGAUGCUCUGUGAACAGUGACGGCAGCAAAAACAGCUGGAAAAGAGGACACGAGCCAGUACCCCCAACCUCCACCAGUGCAGUCAUUAGCCCCACCUCUCAGCCAAAUGCUCUACUGCCACUGGGCUGUCAGAGAGGCCAGGGUCCCACUGCCAACCAGCUUCAUCAGCAGGGGCUACAAGGACCACAACAGGGACCCACAAAGUCCCAGCCCCUGAAGGGGAAGACAUCAUUUUAUCCUCAGGCUGAACUUGAGCAACCUCCUGCAUUUUCCUCAUCAUCAGUUUUGUUCUCAAGGCACCAGAGGGCAGGGGACAGUGUAAUAACAAGCAGAGUUUCAAAUCCACCUCCUCACUCUCCUACUACAUACUCUGGCCUUCAGCCAUCCGAUCCAGCCCUCUCCUCCAGACUGGGUCAUCAGCCAGACUCAACACAGGUGUACUCUCAGUCCCAGAUUCAUCCACCAGCUCCAACCUCUGCCCCCCAGUCCAUCGAGGAGGCUCUGGACAAGCUUGAUGCUGAACUCGAGGGACACAUGCAAGCUGAGGAAAGGAGGAAGAGGGACAGAGAGGAGCAAGAGAGAAAAGUAAGAGAAGAGGAGAGGCAGAAGAAAGAAUGGGAGAUGAGACAAAAGCGUGACGAGGAGAGGAAGAGGAGAGAGCUGGAAAAGAAGGAGGAGGAGAGGAAAAAGAGAGAGCUGGAGAGACAGGAAGAGGAGAGAAAAAGGAGAGAAUGGGAGAGGCAGGAGCAAGAGAGAAAACGGAGGCAAGAGGAGGAGAGGAAGAGAAGAGAGGCUGAGAAGCUGGAGGAGGAGAGGAAAAGGAGAGAAUCGGAGAGACAGGAAGAGGAGAGAAAAAAGCGAGAAUGGGAGAAGAAGGAGCGGGAGAGGAAGAAGAGAGAGCGGGAGAAGCAAGAGGAGGAGAGGAAGAGGAGGGAAGCAGAGAGGCAGGAGCAGGAGAGAAAAAAAAGAGAGCUGGAGAGGCAGGAGGAGGAAAAGAAAAAGCAGAGAGAGCUGGAGAGAAAGGAGGAGGAGAAAAAGAGGAUGGAGCGGAAGAGAGAGGAGGAGGCGUGCAAUGCAAAAGGCAAAGAGCAGACUGCUAUUGAAAAUCUGGAGAGACUGCUCUCCAGUAACUCCUCCCCAACACCCCCACCUCCCCGCCUCUCUUCUGUCGCUGCACCUCCUUCAGGUCCACCACCCCCCAGUUCCCAGGCUUCACCUCCCUACCCCUGGCUUAGCCGUGGUGGCAUACUCCCCUGUCCACCAGGCCUCGCACCCACCACCACUACUCCUGUAGAAAGGCUGCGGCCACCCCCUCUCACACCUCAGACUGAGUAUGCCAGAGAGAAGCAGAGGCAGAGGGAGAUGUGGAGUAACAAUGGCAGAACGACAUUCAGUCCCUCAUCAACACACAAUACCUCAGGGAUGAACCAGCCGGGAUACCCCAACAAGCCCCCGGCAAUGCAAGCCGCACCCAACCAAUCCAAAGACUCAACCAGGGAGAGAGACAGCAGCCAACACUCUCUCCCCACGCUGGCACUUAGAGAGCCCCCCAAACUGUAUCAGGCUUUUCCCAGAGAAACCCCACCACCACCAUCUUCCAGCUCCGCAGGGGGGAUUCUUAACAAGCGGGUGACAGGGAGUGGUUUGGAAAAUGCCAGCAGCAGUGGCGCUGACUCAGACAGUGCUCAGUUUGAGGAGGAGCCCUCUGAGUUGUCUACACUGCUCCCUGAUGGUCUGGCCAACAUUAUGGCCAUGCUGGAUGAGUCUAUCAAAAAGGAGGAAGAGAUGUAUAACAGUGAGAAGACUGGGUCCACAGGUCUCCUUGACAACUUUUCCCCUAGUGUCCCGCCCAUCAACAGCUACCUGUGUGCCCCAGACCUCAUUCCAGCAACAAAGCAUCAGCCCAACCAGGAAGACUUUGGAUCCAAUCCCCACGCUAGCCCUCCUGUACUCAGCCGCCAAGGCUCUCUGGCAUCUCCCUGCAGUCGGACGUCUUCUCUCAACGAGGAGGAUGACGACUACCUUAAACCUAAACAGUCGAUGGACAUAGGAUUGGGAGUAGGGAACACCAACUACCGUCACAGUGACCUGGCUAAACUUUACGGCCUCCCCGAGCAGACUAAAAGUGAGGCUGAUGAGGACGAUGAUGAAGAGGAUUCUGAGACUCCAUCUUGUUCUCCACCACCCCAAAGACCCCAUCUCCACCAAACAGGUGUUAACAGCAUGUUCAAGUCCCUGGCAACAGUCUUAGAGAGCCAGAAGUACGCGUACAGAGGUGGGCCUUUUGGGAGACCUCCCCCAUCGGCUCUGGUUGGGGUCAAAUAUUCCUCUUCACUGUCACUAGGCCCUGAUAUUUGCCGCCAGCAGCAAAGUGGUUCUCCCACAUCAGAUUCAACCAAUCCACCAUUCAGCCCAGCUGUUCCACCUCUGAAGUCCUCUCCUCCUCCACUGGAAGACAAAAAAUUAAAAAUAGAGGAUGCUGACAUCUGGAGAGAUGAUGGAGAGACAACAGAGGAAAUGCUAAACUCUAUCAAAAAGGAGAGAAUUCCCACCAUAAAGCCUAUUAAGGUGGUCAAGGAAGAGCAAAGGCUGACGACCAUCUCAGAGUCUUCUCUGGCAGAGUUGGGCAAGAGCUGUGAAGUCAUGCUUAGCCGACAGUCACUUCCUAACAAGAACUCCCUUGAUAAACCAGACAGUCAUGGCAGACUGGAGGACGGCCACAAACCUCUGAAAGUAAAGGAACACAGAGACAGACGCAGGGAUAGAGAAAGAGAGAGGGAGAAAGAGAAGAAGAGAAAGCAUGGUCACAGCCACAGUAGCAGCAGGAAGCAUGAAGAGAGAAAAGACAAGAAGAAGCAUAGAGAAAAGAGAGAGGAGAUGGCCUUUUCCUCUUCAUCAUCAUCAUCUUCAUCUUCCACCCAUUCCAGCUCCAGCCACAAACGGCACAAGGAUGGCAAGAGCCAUAAGGAGAAGAAGGAUCGCAGAAUUCUUGGUGACCUCAACCUCCAGAGCAAAGAGGGGUCAGAGAAGUAUCAGAGUCAGUAUGACUCAGACAAAAAGAAAUGCAAGGAGGCGUCAGGUGCCAGCUCCACCAGUGAAGGGGAGCACACAGAGUGGACCUCAAGGAGUUCUGGAGAAAGAUCCUCUGAGCACAAAAAAGGCUCUGAAUCAGGUUCUUCAUUAGGUUCCACAGACUUCUUGAAACUGAAGGCACUAUCAGAAGGGCCACCCAAGGAGCUGAAGAUUCGGCUAAUUAAAGUGGAGAGUGGGGACAGGGAGACAUUCAUUGCCUCUGAGGUAGAGGAAAAGAGAAUCCCACUAGAAGAAAUCAGCAUCAAGAACACUGCCAGUGAAAUCAUCAGAUCCUGCAAGGGGGCCAGAAUCAAAGGGAAGUUCAGAGAAUCAUACUUGCUCCCAGCCUUCUCUGUAAAGCCGAUCAUGACCACAGAGGAGCCCAUUCCUAGAGAGAAACUCAACCCUCCUACACCCAGUAUCUACUUGGAGAGUAAGAGAGAUGCCUUCUCCCCUGUGCUGCUGCAGUUCUGUACAGACCCCAAGAAUCCUGUUACUGUCAUCAGAGGCCUGGCUGGAUCUCUGCGACUAAACCUGGGGCUGUUUUCUACAAAGUCACUGGUGGAGGCCAAUGCAGAGCAGGCAGUGGAGGUGAGGACUCAGGUGCAGCAGCCUGCUGAUGAGAACUGGGACCCCAGUGGGAUGGGUCAAACGUGGCCCUGUGAAAGCAGCCGCUCCCACACCACCAUCGCCAAGUAUGCCCAGUACCAGGCCUCCAGCUUCCAGGAGAGUCUGCAGGAGGAAAAAGGCAGUGAUGAGGAGGAUGAUGAAGAUGAUGAGAAGGAGAAGAAGCCAUCCAUCUGUUCUGAUACUCCCAGCAAGGACAGCUCAAAAGAAAGUAGCAGUGGUGAGCAGAAACCAGUAGGGAAGAUCAUUAAAUUUGGCACCAACAUUGACCUGUCAGAUCCCAAGAGGUGGAAGCCCCAGCUUCAAGAGUUACAGAAGCUGCCAGCUUUUAUGCGUGUAGCCUCCAGUGGAAACAUGCUGAGCCACGUCGGACAUACAAUCCUUGGCAUGAACACGGUCCAGCUCUACAUGAAGGUUCCAGGGAGCCGGACACCAGGUCAUCAGGAGAACAACAACUUCUGCUCAGUGAACAUCAACAUUGGGCCUGGAGACUGUGAAUGGUUCUCUGUCCAUGACAACUACUGGCAGGCCAUCAGUGACUUCUGUGAAAAACAUGGAGUGGACUACCUGACUGGGUCCUGGUGGCCAGUGCUGGAGGACCUCUACAACGCCAACAUCCCAGUGUACCGCUUCAUCCAGCGGCCUGGAGACUUGGUGUGGAUCAAUGCUGGAACUGUUCACUGGGUUCAGGCCGUGGGUUGGUGUAACAACAUUGCCUGGAAUGUCGGACCUCUUAAUGCUUACCAGUACCAGCUAGCCCUGGAGAGGUUUGAGUGGAACGAAGUAAAGAAGGUGAAGUCCAUCGUCCCCAUGAUUCAUGUGUCCUGGAAUGUGGCCCGCACUGUCAAGAUCACUGACCCAGACACCUACAAGAUGAUCAAACACUGCCUGCUGCAGUCCAUGAAGCACAUCCAGAUCCUGCGAGACCAACUGGUGGCUGAAGGCAAGAAGAUUUCCUAUCAGAGUCGGGUCAAGGAUGAGCCUGCCUACUACUGCAACGAAUGUGAUUUGGAGGUGUUCAAUUUGUUGUUCGUGACAAGUGAGAACAACAGCAGGAAGACAUAUGUGGUUCACUGUGAGGACUGCGCACGUCAGCGUAGCCCCAACCUGACCAACGUAGUGGUGCUGGAGCAGUACCGCAUAGAGGAGCUCAUGAACACAUAUGACUCCUUCAGCCUGCAGUCCUCCUCCCGGUGACAGAGCUCCCCUCCUGCAUCUCCUCAGCCAUAACCAAAAUUCCUGCAAGCCAGGACAAAAGACACAGUUUCACUUUGGUUUUCAACUUACCCAUUCAUUAUUUAAGAUCAUUUUUGCUACUACUACUGCUAAUACUUGCCGAACAGCCAGUUGAAUACGUUUACUCAUCAUUACUGUUUACAAAAAGAAAUACCAAGCCGCCAAUAAAAUACCAGUUUACUCUCAGAUGGUGCUUUCAAACAGAAACCCUGGUAACAUUGAAGCUGAGAACCAGGGGGCAGUUGGUGCUGCCAUUGAACUGUGGAGGGUAGUUGGUGGUUUCAAUGGCGUGUUUCUGUCAGUACCAGAAAUAACUUUUUCUGUUGUUGUCGUCUUGAAUACUGAAAUUUGUACAAGCUGUUUGCAAUUUCUGUGGGGUGCUGUCUUUUUUACAAUAAUUUAUUGUUUUGUUUUUUCUAAACUAGAUCAGCCUAGAUAUAUACCACAUUGGCCUUGUAUUUAGAAAAGAGACAAAAUGAAAAAUACUAAUAAUAGAGAUAUGAACAUUUUUCUAAAGCAUUAAGAAUUUUAAAAAAUAAAAUUGUUUGGAAUGCUUCAAAACAUACGGGUUUUAAUGACUUUGGUUGUUGUGGGGGGGGAUUUCAUUUUUGUUCUUCAGAUUCUUGUAUGUGUUGUAAAUCUUGUGUUUUUAUCAAUUAUACCUUUAUUUCUUCUGGAGAUUAAUAUUCUGUUGUCACACAUCAUCAGGUCUUUUUGUUCCUUUCUUCCAUCUCUGUAUGAACUCUCUCUUUAAAAAAGAAAAAAAAAUCAUUGUCAUCUGGUGUUUGUGUGUUGUACCUCUGAUUGUUUUGUUCCGAUAUGCAGACUUAGUAUUUCCUGGAUUUUUUUGGCAUUGUACAUUUAAUUUAAAAAAAUUUCCUCUAUUUAUUGGAUAUCAAUGUUCUCCCUUUUUUUUAACAGGGUUGUACAAGUUUGCAAUUUUUGUUUUCUUUAUUUUUUAUGGUGACCGAUUGCUCUGUAAGAACUGAAAUGUGGGGGUUGUGUGUCCGCGGGAGUGGAGGCUGCGGUUUCUCUGGUGCUCUCGACUCCUGCCUUUUUCUCCUGAUAUAUAUUAAAUGAUAUCUUUAUCUUGAAUAUAACGCCACCUUUCCUGUAGACGAUAGGCACACUGCUCACGUAGAGAAGAUGACUAAUGGAAUGCUGUGUUUGUAUGCUCAUUAAGGAAAAAAACAAAACUACUUUUUCUAAAGUGUUUUGAGAAACAGUAAUUUUUUUUUAUUAUGUAGGGAGCUUUUAGACAAGAUUUUAAUGAUUUUAUGAUAUUAUCUGUUGAAUAUGAUAAUGGGAUAGAUGGUGCUAAAUGUUCUCUUUGAACAACCUUUUUUCUGUUUGUCUUCUUAAAAUGAGAAUUCUAUUUUUCCUGUUGCAAUAUUACCUUAACCUUUUCCUUCUCUUUGUGGUCAUUUAUUUAUAACUGCACUGUUUAGAGAAUUCACACAGACAUACUUGCAGACACACACACCAAACUGAGCCAGACAUGUCUUAAACACUUGUGAAUUUGUGUGACAUUACUAUGACUAUUAAUAAAUGCUUUUUGAUAAAUCCAGAA